AAUAAGAAGUCCUACACAUGGUCAUGUACAGUCCACGUUUGUGCACCACACACAAACUUACAUACACACAGCUAGCUAGCUCCUCUUCAACACGAACACAUAGCACAACUAGAUUACUAGAGUUUAGACCUUAGAUCACACGCACACACAAGUAGUAGAGUACUACAAGAUGGCUGGAGGCGGAGAAGAAAAGGUGAAGCUGCUGGGAACAUGGGCGAGCCCGUUCGUCCUGCGAGCGCAGCUCGCGCUCAGCUUCAAGGGUGUGAGCUUCGAGAACGUCGACGAGGACCUCAGCAGCAAGAGCGACCUCCUCCUGCGCUCCAACCCCGUGCACAAGGCGGUGCCAGUGCUCAUCCACAACGGCAGGCCCGUCUGCGAGUCGCUGGUCAUCGUGCAGUACGUCAACGAGGCCUUCGACGGGUCGCCCCUCCUCCCCGCCGACCCCCACGAACGCGCCGUCGCCCGCUUCUGGGCAGCUUUCAUCGGAGACAAGCUAGUGGCACCAUGGCAUAAGGUGUUCACGGCUAAGAUCGAGGAGGAGAAGGCCGAGUGGAUGGAGCAGACGCUGGCGGCGGUGGAUGUCCUGGAGGGGGGCCUCAAGGAAUGCUCCAGGGGCGGGAGCUUCUUCGGCGGCGACAACGUCGGGUACGUUGACGUCGUGCUGGGCGGGGCCGUGCCGUGGGUCUACGGGACGGAGGCGCUCUCCGGUACGAGGCUCUUCGAUGCCGGUAGGGUCCCGCUCCUGGCGGCGUGGUUGGAGCGCUUCGGCGCGCUGGACACAGUCAAGGCCGUCAUGGCAGACAUCCCGACGAGACUGGUCGAGCUCGCCAAGAAGAAGCAGGCCGAGGCCGCGGCCGCAGCUACGGCUGGAGAUUGCUAAAGCCCAUGACGCAGCAGCGUCACUGCCAUUGGGUUGUUAACAUCUGAAGGAAGAACUACGAUACUUGUUCAAAAAUAAUUGGAUGAUUGUUUGUUGUAGAAUAAAUAAUACAAUAUUUUUGUACUGUAAUUCACUCUUUAUGUUGGUAAUUUCUUCAGUCUUGACUCUAUUCAAUUUCA